AUGGUGCUGUCCUGGAGGCUCAGGGACCUCCAUGUCAACUGCCGCGAGGCCAACUUCCGAGAGGUGAAGAAGUACGCCGUCCAUUACCCGCACUUGUUCCGUGUGGCCGACGUGAUAGGGAACACGGCGCUGCACUAUGCGGCCAUGUCCCUCGAUGCCGAGUUCGUGGCCUUCGUUCUGGACAUUUACCGCGAACCCAAGAACUUCGCAACCCUCACGGUCAGGUACGAAACCCGAGAGGCACUCUUGGGAGAUGGCUUGGCUUUGCGCCCCGGUGGCCCCUACUCUGCUGGGGACUUCGUUGUUGCGCGACUCUCCCAGCAGGGCCUGGCGGCGACAGUCGGGGUUCUCGUGGGCGAUGGCCUCGAGGCCACCAGCAGCGAGUUUGACUUCAGCCGCCGGGACGCGUUUGUCCGAGUGCAGCCGGACCCGAAAGUCGAGGACAUUGUGCGAGCACUGGAGAAUGGCUCCUGGCCGAAAUGCUUUCCCUUGUUACUGCGCUUUCGCAGGCCUGCUCACAUGGAGAUCCUUGCAGAGGACACAUGGACCUUGGUCGAAGCGGGUGUCACGGAGAGGAAACUCCACCCAGACAUCCUCAGGCAAGGGACGCUCAUCUUGCGGAUGCUCUCCCGGGAGCGGCAGCUGCUGGCGGAGCGGACGGCGGCCAGGAAGCCGCCCCCAACCUUGGACCUAAGUCUUCUCGGCCCAGCUUCCAAGCGGAAGCCAGACUCUCAGACGCAGUCGCCCCUGAGCGUGGGCGCGGCGCCCAACCUCCCGUCCAUCUUCGCCCAGUCGCCCUUGCAGUCGCCCCAGUUCGCACGUAGUAUCCGGCCACCGCCAGAUGAUGUCAGCCUUCCAAGCUUGUCAAAGACGCGCUCUGAACCGGCAUUGCCGAAGCUGCCUUGGGCGAGGGUGGGCUAA